AAUGGUUAUACUUCACUUCCUAGUAAACUAAAAACAUAGUACAUAGGCUGCAAAUCUAGGCCUAUGUACCCUUUAGGGCAUAGAGUUAAUGGUGGAUUUAAAAGAAUGUGUCGUUCUUUCUCAUACAACAACCAUUAAAAUAGAUUUAAUCUUUAGCAGUAUGAGAAAACAAACAACGGAGGUGAAAUCUGUACAAUUUAAAACUUCAGCGUGUGACUACAAUGGCUUGUUGUACUAGCCGCGAUACUUUCGUCAACCCAGUGCUAAAAUAUAUUCUAUUUUUCUUCAAUUUUACUUUUUGGGUAGGAAGCACUUGCUUUAAAUUUUUAAAGUUAUAUUUAUUGCAUUAUAAUUUGAUAUAUUUCAUUCUAGCAAAUCAUUACUAAGCGAGUUUGAUUGUCCGUAUUGAUGUUCUCAGUUGACCUGAGUUGAGUGAUGAUUUCAAAUCAUUGUCAAUCAUUGAGUUUGAGAAAAUUAAGUGUAAGACUAAGAAGAUUGAUUGAUUACUUAUAUAUCACUUGUAUCCAUGCUAUUUUAGCAUGCUCACAGCGCUCUGAUGUUCUUAAAUCUGUUUAAAGAAAAAUAUCUUUUACCGUUUCUUAACUCUUUACAUUCCUUGAAUUUUUAAUUAUUUUCUGAAGAUUUCUAGUGAUGCCACAAAAGACACUUUAAAAGAGUCUAUAUCAUAAAGAGUUUUAGUCUAAAGUUCAUGAUGUUGCAUAUCAAAUUGUAGGGAAAUGCAUGAUGCUUUUAGUAAUUAAUUUUUCUUAAAAUUUGAGUUCAUUACUUUGAAGUUGUGAUUAAAAAAAAAAUUUUUUUAAUGAAAAGUAAAAAAAAAUUUUUUUGUUGAUUAGAUACAAAGAAGGAAAAAAAAAAUGUAUCUAGAAUUUUAAAAAAAAAAUGAUUUAUUCAGAAAGACAAUUCAUUUUUGUAUGCAAUUCAAAGAAUUCAAACAUUUUUAAUGGCAUGUAAUGAAAAUAUGAAAGAUUUUGUUAAAUGUAUUAACAAGGGGAAAUAAUUUUUAAAAAAUCAAUAGACCACCCCUUCACAACUUGUUAAACAAGAAUUAUUAUUUUUUUACAAGUUUAUAAAUAUUUACACCAAAGAAAAUAUACAUGUGGUCAAUUUAAACUUUAUGAUACUCUACAAGACAGUUUCUUGUCUUAUUAAAACAAAGGUAAGUUUCACAGGUGCUGCAUUUGAUUGUGGACUUUUUUUGCAUCCCCAAUUUAUAACAAAGCUUACAAUUUCUGUAUAAAUUUUUGCACUUAGGGACAAUUGGAUGCACUGCCUGAUAUUUUGAGGUGCUAACAUUUGUGGCACUUGGAACUUCAUCAGUUUUUUGUAAUCCACCCAAUGUUCUAAUAAGUUCCUCGGGGAAAUCAGUUUGUAAGUAGUGGUUAGGCCGCUUUAGUUCCUCAAUGUCAGGAUUUUCUUUUCUCCACUCCUGAAAAAGAAUAUAACUGUUCACCCUGGCAAUGUCGACAAAAUGGAAGAAAAGGGUUUUCCAGUACUUUUUUGUUUUCCUUAGUGUGUUAUAUUUAUUUAUUAACUGGUCACUUUUAUCUACACCACACAUGAAUGCUUUGUAUGAUUUCACAAUUUUAGGUUGUCUCACUAAUAAUUUGUCUGAAGACACCAUCAACUUUGGCUCUCCUGUUUACAAAGGAAAAUCCAUUAGCUGUCAUAUGAUUGGAAACAAGAGAGACUGUCUUAUUGUCUCUCCAUUGAACAGUUAAAACUUCAUCCUCUCUGAUCCACCUCAUAUCUCCUCUCUUUGACUUUUUUUCAUGAGUUUCAAUGUCUUUUAAUUCAUUAGGAAAACCUUUCCUAUUUUUCAAAAUGGUACCACAAGCAAGUCUUCCUAGUAAUAACAGAUCUUUGAGUAAUUUAUAUCCACUGUAGAAAUUAUCAAAAAACACUUGGUAGCCUUGGUUUUUAACAGAUUUGAUAAGGUUUAUUACUACAUCAUAGGCCAAGCCAUUAUUUGAUGAUUGGGUUUGCUACCCUAAAUACACAUCAAAAUCAUAGGUGUAGCCUGUUAUUGCCUCUGCUAUGACCCAAACUUUCUACCCCAUUUCGUUGGCUUGUCCCUUAUGUAUUGUCUGAAUGUGUAUCUCCCUUUGUUUUUACCAUGCGUUCAUCUAUCGAUAGCUGUUGGCGAGGCUGGUAAAGCUUCUGACAUUUCUUCAUAUAAAAUCAGAAAGCAAUCUGACUUUGCAUAGUUUGUCCUCCUUAUUCUCUGUUUCAAUAUUUGAAACUUUGAGAAAUGUCAUUAUUUGAAUAAAUCUUUUUCUGGUCAAGAAGGCUCUGGCCCAAACUCCAUGGUACAAAGUUGACGUAGACCAGUAUUUUUGAACACUGGGGACCUGUACAAUUGACAUGUACAUAAGAAGUCCUAGAAAUUUGUUAAAUUCCUCUGCUGAGACAUCAUACCGACCACUGUAGAUUGAAGGCUUAGUAGGCCCCAUGGUUUAGGCAUAGUUGUUAGUGUACUUCACAAAUUAAAUGUUUCCACUAAAUCCAAAGUAAAAAACAAUUUGAAAAAGUCUUGAGAGUCUAGAAAUUGCCUUACUAUAUCCCUUGUUGACAUUUCUUCCCUUAGAUGUAAGCCUGGCUUUCUGGCUGGGAGAAACUAGGGAAUUGGAACUGGUGGGCCAUCGUCGUGAUCAUCAUAUGAGUUUACCCUGUAAAUAUAAAAGAACAGAAUUUAUAGACCUAUAUGCUACUUUUAGGAUUGAAAUGAAUAAAAAAAUAUGUACUUCAAUUUAAUUUCAAGUUUUGUGUACUUUCAAUUCUGUCUGAAAACCAUUAUGACUACAAAAUGUAUUGUCAGUACAUUAAAAUAAAAAAAAACAACACAUUGAUGUCAAAUUUCUUGUGCUGUAUGACAAAAUAUAUCAUAAUAAGCAGUGCCACCUGCAUUGUUUACAUUCCUUAGCAACAGUUUCUAAGAAUAACGUCUUCUAGAAAAAUAAAUGUAAUAAUAUAUUCACAUGUUAAAAAAUAUUUUUUUUUGCGUAGAUUCAUUUAAAAAUGUCUAGUAAAUAUUACAAUAUGCUUAAAAACAAAAUUAAACCGAUAAAAAAAAAUAAUAGUAAGAAAUCUAUAAAUAAAAAUUGAAUGACGAAGCACUCGAUUACUAACCUUCUAGUGUUAACAGCUAAAAUCGGCUGCAAAGGAAGAUAAUCAUCAGAAUCACUAGAUUCGGGUUCCCAACUAUCUUCGCCAGAAGAUUCAGAUAAAAUUUGAUCAACAUUUUCGACAGUAGUAUUCAUUAUUUAACAUUUUGGGCUCCCGAGUCGACAAGCGUCUUGCAGAAAUUUGCUAAGAUAGCGACCAACGCUUCGGCAUGUCACAUGAAUCUCGAACUCGAAAAAAAAACAAGAAAAUAAUUCAAAAUCUUUAACUUUUAUUUUUUUUACAUUUUUCUUCCAAUUUUAUUAUCAAAUAACUAUAGAAUACUUAAAAAAAAAAAAAAGACAUAAUUUUAUGAGCAAAAAAAAACCUAUGUAUAAAGUUGUACGCUCUCUAUAUAAGAGAAAUGAAAAGAGUUAAAUGAUUUUUUUAUCUUUUUUCAAUUCCCCUUAAUAUGUGGGAUAUGUGUUUAGAAGUCAGUUCUUUAAGAUAUUCAGGUGCAGAGCUUUCUAUACAGCUGUACGCCAGGGACGUAAUUUUGUGGUCAAUGCAAUCACUCACAUGAAGCCAAUGGAGAUCUCUAAGAACUGGGAUGAUGUGGUCAGAUUUCUUUAGCCGUGAUACAAUGCGUGCUGAAGUAUUUUGUACCUUCUGGAGUCUCUGAAUUGGGUUCUGACAACUGUAAAAGUAAUCUAAUCUUGAUUGGAUUAGAAUGAGUGCUAUGGUAUUGGCUGUUCUCUUAUUAAGUUGAGGACGCAGCUGACCCAGGGCAUGCAGAUGACAGAAACAUGCUCUGACCACAGAACUGAGUGAUAGAUCAGAUCACAGCAGCGAGGACAAGACCUCUGAACCACUUGUAUGUAUGGGGAAAGUUUUUGAUUACAUUAUUUAAUUUAUAAUAUUUAUUAUUUUUACACUAUUUGUCUUUGUCCACAGCUUGCUGGGCUAUCUUUACUUGCCAUUGGUACUUGGGCACACUUAGAGAAAGAACGAUUCUCCUUUGAAGAUGUUAGAUCUGUCUUUGAUUUCAUCACAGACAUCUCAAUUCUAUCUGUCAUCAUUGGUUGCCUCAUGUUUAUGCUUGGAUUCUGUGGUUGCCUUGGAGCACUUCGGGAAAACACUUGUCUCAUAAAAUUAGUAAGUUUAUAAAAAAAAAAUAUUUUGAAAGAUUAAAAAUUUUGACAAUUCUUUUAUUUAAAAUGAUGUAAGGGUCAGGUAAACGUAAGAUAUAUUCUGGUUAUAGUUCAUUUUAAACAUUCUCAAAGGUGUUCUGCUUUUCAUUGAUCCAUUGGAUUUCUUUGCUCUGUUAAAAUAUGUUGUAUAAAUUGGUCUAAAUAUCUGUUGGACAAAAACAUUGAGCUGCCUGAUCUAUGAUAUUGGAAUUAUAACCCAUAGGUUGUUAGAACUAUUCUCAUUUUCAGUCCCAUUUUUCCAUUUGAUUUCAUACAUUUUUAAAUAUUUUUAUGACCCUUGACUUGUAGCCUGAAAGCAUUGACUGCAUGAAUCUGCACGAUCUGCCAUCUUAUUACAACCAUUAGUUUAUGGAGUUUCUCUAAAGUUACCUUUCUUUUCUCUUUCCCAACAGUAUUACUUUUCAUUGUGUGUUAUAUUUUUGGGCCAAGUUGGUGGUGCUGUUUACGUGUUUCUGAAAUCUAAUGAGUUCAGAGAACUUUUCAUCAAGACAUUGAAAGAGGAGCUCAUUCCACUCUAUACAGAGAGAGAGGAUAAGAAAAUGCUUGUUGAUUGGAUCCAAGAAGAGGUUAGCAUUCAAAUCACAUAAUUAGUGCUCUUAUUAUGCAACAUUUAAAAUAAACGCUUGAAGGAGCAAUUUGUAUACACUUUUAGUUACAUUUGCAUAAAUUUUUGUCAUUCUACCUCUUUUAAAUAUAAUUAUAAGUACAUAUGUUAGACCUUUUCAAAAUUCUUGGCCAGAUUAAUUAUUGAAAAUUUAAAAAAAGAUAUCAAAAUUUGUUUUCCCAUUCAAUUUAGAAUUGUAAAAUGGAUAUUUCAGUGUUAAGAUUAUAUUGCAACUUUGGGAUAAAUUUCUGGAAAAUUACAUAUCCAGAUAUUUAAAAUCAUGACAUUUUUGGAUAAUGUAAAAGCUAAUCAGAUUGGUUCUCACAUUUUUCGCUCAUCUGACCAUUUUAAUGGUGGCUUCAAUUGAUAGUUUAUGAUGUUAUGUCAUUUUAUAUUAAUUUUUUUAUUACCUGGUGACCCCUAUUAAUGCUUUAAAAAAUAUGUAACCGUGAAAUAUUCCAAAAAGCAUAAGCAGUCCAGGGGAAUAUUUUAUGCAAUUUUUCACAAUGAAUCUCAUUUAAAUAUGGCUUUGGACUUCAUCAAUCAUAAAAUUUAACCCAAUUCUUCAAGUAAGACAAUUUUAUUCUAAGUCUAAGUGUAAAAAUAAAUUGUAAUCAUAAAUUAUGCAAAUCAGGAUAUCUCAUUUGCAUUAAUGUUGAGAUUUUCAGUUUGAUUCUUAAAGAUUGUGUGAGUUUAUUCAAUUCCCUACAAUAAUAUAUAUAUAUUAUAUUUAAAUGUAAAGUAAUUAGUUUUUUUUCCUAUUUUUUUUUGGCAAAGUAAUUGAAGGGCUUGUGAAAAGGGCUCUGUCUUCUUGACACAGACAGUCUAAAUUGGCUCUGUCUAAAUAGGGUUGAUGAUCAGAAAAAAAUAGAUAUAAAUACACUUACAAAAAGAAAUGAUUUUUAAAAGUACAAACAUUUUUGUUUUGAGUUAACCAAAAAUAAACUUUGUUCCAGCAUUGUCCUAUAUGAUCAAAACUUUUGAUUUAAUCCAAAAAUAAAAUAAAUACAUUUUUGUGAUGCAAGAAUUGGAUACACAGUACAUAAAAAAAAUGUAUCUCUGAAUAGUUUCUUUUACUUUAAAACUCAUACCAUUUUUGUGCUCUAAGAAUUGAGACAUUUGAAGAGGAUUAAGGCUUCUUUUUCCUUCUUUUUCAGCUUGGUUGCUGUGGAAUGUCACAUGAUGGCUACAAGGAUUGGAACAAUAAUGAAUAUUACAACUGCUCUAAAGAAAACAAGAGUCCUCUAGCUUGUGCUGUGCCACAUUCCUGCUGUGCAAAGCAAGACACUAUAAAUGUAAGAAGUUAGAUUUAAUCUUGAUUAGUAUUUAAUCUUUUGAAGGGGGUGGGAUAUAGAGCAGAUGAGUGACAAUCUACAGUUAUAAUAUCAACCUUUAGGAAAUGAAUUGAGUUAUGAAUUGUUAAACAAAUAGAAUAAGCACUCUCAAAGUCAAUUUUGUAAUUAUAGAAGUGAAGUGGGAUGAUACAGGUUGGCUGGUUUUUUUGUGUGCUUAAAAAUAUUUUGAACGUAUAAUAUUUUAACCCAUGGAGUGUUGUUGAUUAAGGAGAUUUUGCGUAAAACAGCGUGUGGGGGGUGGGGCUCUCCCAAUAAUUCUAUAAAAUUAACAACACCCGAUUUUCGUAAUGAUGGGGGAUGUCUCAGUAGAAAAUAUGUACGUUAUUCAUACGACUUUAUAGUUUAAUUCACUAUUAAAUUCACCAUAGACAGCGAUGAAGCCAUGAAAGGCAAUUAAGGCUCAUACCAGCCAGAAGCCAGUAUAGGAGCUGCUCAUUCCUGCCCAAGACAAUCAGGGACUGGAACAAGCUUUCAAAAGGAACAGUUGAGGCGACAGCACUAGACUCAUUUGUGUCUAUUGCCUCAAGCCUUCAAACCCCCAAUGCAUGAUUCCCUCACAAAGUGGCACUGGAAAUCAUUGAAAUGUCCUCAUCAACACCAGGCACAGAAGCAUUGCAAAUCCCCUGUAAAUGCAUAGGAGCCAAAAUGAUCAAUAAAUUGAUCGUGGGCCCUUUAUAUAUAAGAAGAAGAAGAAGGUCCUUUCUAAAGACGAUCAUGGCACCUGUUGCUCUUCGCUCCAUUCUCAUGGCCCUGCCCGAGGGCAAUGAGCACGCAGGGCGAUGGGGCUUAUAUUCUGCUGACCACUCGACCCGCUGAGAUGAAAGCAAGGUGUGAGAACCCGUGUCACAUUAUUGUUUCUGUAAAAUCAUUAUAAAGAUUAUUGGAUUUAAAAAAAUUUAUUUUGGGGGCGGGGAGGGGUCAAAUUAUGACAAUUAUUUCUUAUGGCUUAACCGCAGUGAGAACACGGACAAAAAUAGAGAAUGCAUUCUCAAUUGUUCCGCGCAGUAAUAUUAGAUUUUGACAUAUUUUAUAGGAUCUGAGGGGGGUGGGGGGCUUUAAAAUUUGUUUUUAGAACGCUCAAAACAGCUGUACGAUAUUUAAUACCCCUUCUUCCCUUCAGCCAUUUACAGCAGCAAAUGUGACAGCUUUUGAUCUGACUUCAAGUAUGAACCAUAUUAAAUUUCACCAGUAACUUUAUUUUUACCAUCAACAGAUAACUUUAUUUUUACCAUCAACAGACAGUGCUAAUGUGAUCUGUGUGUCCACUCAAUAUAAAUUAUCUAUAGCUAAUUCAUGUCUGCAAAUAAAGUGAUAGCAGAUUGGUGCUGGGUGCCCGAGAGAUCUAAACUGUCUCAAACCAAAUAGCUGGUAGUCUGGAGUUCAAUCCCCACCAAGGCCAACAUCCCAACCACCCCAGUUGGAUGGGACUUGUUAGCCUUGGGCGGCAACCCAUCUAAGAGAAGGCAAACUCUGAAUUUAGACCAGGAGCAAGAAUUAUCAACAAAUUGAUUGUGGGCCCCUCAAAUAUAAGAAGAAGAUUUAAAUAUAAAAGUCAGUCAUCUACUUUUUACCUUGAGUUCCCUAUUUAGACACUAGACAUGCAAUGAGAUAAGUUAUUGUAUACAUUAUAUAUACUGUUUAUUUACUAUUAAGAUACUGUAUUGUACAAUUUUGUGACCAUCGCGUUAGGGAUCUCUCUGGUGGGGCCCCAGCUCUGGUCAAGCUGCCUGCCCCAACCCGGGAAAAAUAACAUGUUAAAAAAUAAAGCAAAAAUAUCAUUGAAACGACAAACAACAUCAAAAUUGUCAUUUUUAUAACAUUUUUUAUAGAGCAUUGAAUAUACCUUAAGCUAUUAAACAAGUGAAUGUUGAACCAAUAAAAGUUGUGCCAGUAUUUUCAUUAUUUUGUGCACAAUACCUUGUUUUAAGACUUACAAUUACAAUACCUAGUUUAAAGACUUACAAUCACAAUACCUUGUUUAAAGACUUACAAUUACAAUACCUAGUUUAAAGACUUACAAUCACAAUACCUAGUUUAAAGACUUACAGUCACAGUACCUAGUUUAAAGACUUACAAUCACAAUACCUUUUUUAAAGACUUACAAUCACGAUACCUUGUUUAAAGACUUACAAUCACAAUAGCUUGUUUAAAGACUUACAAUCACAAUACCUAGUUUAAAAACUUACAAUCACAAUACCUAGUUUAAAGACUUACAAUCACAAUACCUUGUUUAAAGACUUACAAUCACAAUACCUAGUUUAAAGACUUACAAUCACAAUACCUUGUUUAAAGACUUACAAUCACAAUACCUUGUUUAAAGACUUACAAUCACAAUACCUAGUUUAAAGACUUACAAUCACAAUACCUUGUUUAAAGACUUACAAUCACAAUACCUUGUUUAAAGACUUACAAUCACAAUACCUAGUUUAAAGACUUACAAUCACAAUACCUUGUUUAAAGACUUACAAUCACAAUACCUUGUUUAAAGACUUACAAUCACAAUACCUAGUUUAAAGACUUACAAUCACAAUACCUUGUUUAAAGACUUACAAUCACAAUACCUUGUUUAAAAACUUACAAUCACAAUACCUAGUUUAAAGACUUACAAUCACAAUACCUUGUUUAAAGACUUACAAUUUCACCUGGCGAACCCAAAGAAAACCCAUUUGGUGUCACAACUCAUGGGAUGGGAACUUGUGCUCUAAAAACUGUAACUGGAGGGUGGCCAUUACUUUAGUACUUACGUUGUACCACUUGUAGUUGUGCAUCACUUGUAUAUUAAUGUUGUUCUGGAAGCUAAAUAUUAUUAAAUUUUUUCUUAGGAUGGAGUUCCUAACAUACUAUGUGGAGCCAACUCACUGAGUGACAAGGUUUGUCUGACAUCUUUUUGAAAAAAAAUUUUUUGUUUACAAAUAUUCGAGUUCUUCACCUUUUAUUUGACUACACCUAAUCAUGAUACUAUUAUUAUUACCAUUCAGUGAUUAUCUCUUUAAAAUCGUUAAUGAUUUCACAUUAUUAUUAUAAAAUUACUAUUUAUUCUUAAUAGGUUCAACUUAUUUUUUGUGUGUGUUGCAACUGGAUAUACAUGUUUUGAUUAAAAUAGAACAGUUAAAGCAUAUUUCUGAUUUAUUUUCAUAAAAAUAAAUGAGUAAUUAACUCCUCACUUUCCGCAUUUCAGUUUCAAGGGGGGAGCAACAUCUAUCAAGUUGGUUGUGUCUCAGCAGUGAUGUUGGUAGUGGAGAAUAAUUUGCCAAAGGUUGGAGGGAUCAUCAUAGGUUUUGCCAUUCCUCAGGUUAGUAUAGUUUUUGAGCCUCCGUCUCAUGAUGAACAUACAUUAUUUAGAUGAGCAGGUUGUACAUGAGAAGCAAAGUAAAGAAAAGUUUAUUCAGUCGGUGGAGAGAUUUGUAUGGCACUGGUAUAAAUAAGGUGUAAGAAAAUAAAGUACUAGUAAUACUUGAUGUUCAUUAUAUAUAUAUUUAUAUGUAGACUUCCGAAUUGCAACAAGAUGGUGGAAUGCCAAAACUAGAGCAGCAAAAAAAGAAGAAAAUCAGAAAGUUUGACAGUAGUUUAUUAGAAAAAUAAUCAAAUUUUUGGGAAAACAAAUGUAGCAAAAAAAAAAGAUCAUAUGUUUUUGGCUAAGUAUAACUAAAUUAGAGAGACGAUAAAAAAAAAUUGAGCAGCUCCUUAUUCCGCCACCACCCUUAUACAAUAAUUUAAUAAUCCCACAACUUUUGUGCCCACCCAAUGUCUUGUGAGCAUGUCACAAGACAAGGAUGUCUUGUGAGCAUGUCACAAGACAUGGAUACAAUAUGAGGAUGUGUCAUCCUGCCAUGGGAAGACUGGAUCUGGUGGACCAUGCAAAAGAGAUCCUACAUGAUCCAAUGGGUGGAAAAACAGGUGCAGCAAAUGUGACUUGGAACAUGUAAAGACCCCAGUGAGACCAAAGAAAAUUUCACUGCUGGUCAUCCACUGCAUGCUUGUCUAUUUCCAAUUGCCUUGACUAAGUCUCACUGCUUGAUCAAAGUAGGCAAGGAGGAAAGAGUGAGGCUGACACAAUAUACAACUCUCCCUGAAUUUAAUCAAAAUAAAGGGCAUGUCAGGGCUAUUUUUUCUUCUUUUAAAAGUGCAAUUAAAACUUGUACACAUAAGCUACCCCACUGCAUUAUUUCAAAAUGCCAGCAAACUGUUAAUCAAAUGUUUUAAAAUCUUGAUUAGUCAAAUGUUUUAAAAUCUCCGUUAAUUAGUCAAAUAUUUUAAAAUCUCUGUUAAUUAGUCAAAUGUUUUAAAAUCUUUUCAAUAUUAGUUAAUUCAGUAUUCACUUUUUUUGUUGAAAUUGGUCAGUGUUUUCCCCCCAUUUUUAAAAUGUUAAUUCAAACAAUUUAAAAAAAAAAUUAAUAAUUUCAUUAGCUUUGCAUGUUCAGUCUCAAAAAGUUCAUUAUUGAAAGUGAUGAUUUUUACAGUCACUUGAUUAUUGAGUAGUGUAAAUAAGAAGAAUUUAUAAUUAUUGUAAAAUGACUCUCAUUAAACAUAAUCUCUGAUUAUUAAACAGAUUUUAGGCAUAGUUCUAUCACGUACCCUAGAUGGACAGAUAACUGACCAACUGGCAAGGUGGAGACGUUUUAAUCAACGCUGAGGAGGUCAAUAAGGAUUUUUUUUUUUCUCAUGUGGGCACGCUCAAAUAAGAUUUUCCAGACAAUGUCCAUGAGUAAAUCAUUACCCAUUAAAGUCUAUAAGUACAUCAUUACUCAUGAUCACACUGUCUAGUCAUUAAUGCUUUACUUUACAUGUCAAUGUCUUUAUAAUGCUAAUUUCAAAAUGCCAGAGUUUUUAAGUAAGCACACACUAUCAUUUAGUGAAAUUUUCUCAUUUCUACAUAAUUAUUAUUACUAUUUACUGCUUUUUAAAAUAGAUAAUUAUUGAAAAACCCAGCAUGUCUUAUAACUUAUUACCUACAGAGCAAGGAUAAAUGUGUAAAACAUCAAAUAUUUGCUGAUUGGGUAUUUUGUUACUGUAGGUAAAUUGAUAGUUUUAAUUUGCAGUUAAUUUUUCUUGGUUGAAUGUACCAAGGCAAACAAUUUUUGGUGAUUUGUUAAAUUUUUACUUGUAUUUGUACGAAACAUUUAAAUGUAUGUAAGUCAAAGAGCUUGUAAGUUUUUGAUGCUUUACCAAACCCUUCAACUCCUUGUUAAAAAAAACUUUAUAUUUAAUGGAUCAAAAGAUGGAAAAUCUAUUCUUUUCUCAAUUGUUUGAAGCUGAAUAACAAAAAUGGAAAAGAUUUACUGCAAAAAUAGUGAGUUGCGUGAACAUAGCUAUGAAGAGACUAUCUGUUAUUAAGUAUUUCAAUAUAACUGUUAAGUCAAGUUCAAGGUUGAACAUGUUGAAUUGAAAAGUUGACAUGACAAAAAUUGUUGUAUUUUUCAUGACCAUUGUCUGAACCAGUUAGACUGUGACUGACUACCUCAGUGAUGGAGCUACCUUAAAUAGCUAAUUAAAUCAUUGAGCUCAUCACUCUACUGUUUUUUUUAAACAUUCACGUUUAACUCUUUUGCUCUAUUUCUAUGUCCAAUUAUAACCUUUUAAUCAGCCCCAAAGUUUUAAAACUUUUGAACAAUUUUGCAACAUGUACAUAUUUUUAUAUCGUAAUUCUAUGAUUUAAUAAGACAUUUCCAGCAAUCCGUUUCUGGUGACACAAUUUUACUAAGUUAUUCUUGAGCCUAGUCAUCAACAAAAAUAAAUGCAACCUCUGCCCGUUAUGUGAAACAGUUUUAUUUUACUUGACUUUGGAGAACAAAUUUAAUCUGUAACUGUGAACACUGUGACUUAAUACAUGUCUGUCUGAGAAAAAUCUGCAACAAAAGUUCUCCCAUUUACCGAAUGCAAGUCUGUAUUCUGUAUUGUCUAACUCGUGUCAGUUUUAUUUUAUAUCACUAUGAAAACUUGGUCUGCUGCUCAAAUUAUCACUAUCAAUUACUGUACAUUUUUUCCAGCAAUAUUUCCUUUCCCAUGCAGAAUUUUAGAAUGAAUAACAUUAUCCUGGUCACAAUUAUAUGUAUAUUCACGAAGACUCUGAAGUCGGUAAUAAUUUGAACAACUUCGGAGAAUCUAACUUCUACAUAAGGUGACAUGAAAAACAGAGGUCUCAAAUAAUUGUAACACCAGUCACUUAUCAGGCCCCAGGAUAAUGCUUAGAGCACAGCAAGUUUGAGCUCUGAGACGCCCUGCUGUUGUCAUGUUUACAAAGGUUUAUUCAGAGUCAUAAAUUUGUGCGAUCUCAACCCCCCAAAAAAGUGGGUUUGAUUCUGACUCCGACCUAAUUUUUUUAUCUCUGCCUUACUGGCUCUGACAAUGCAGUCCUGAUUUCCACCACCAGCAUUCCGUCUCUUGUAUUUAUAAUUAAUUUUUCUAUAAAUCACUCAGUCAUAAAUCGGUUAUACAUUUUGAGCUAAAUUCUUUUUUUAAAUGUUAGAAUAUGUUCAUGUGAAUUAAUUGAUCUUUGAUGCAAAUUAAUUUAUAUAUUUUACUUUGAUUUAAUGAUCUGAUUUGAUGAUUCAUAUAGUUUAAAAUACCAUACAACUUAUUUAAAUGAAAAUUUUAAUUGCAGCACAACUGAGCCAUUUUGCCUUGAAAAUUUCCCAUCUAAGAGCAGCUUCAAUUAUAAAAUAUGAUUACAUUAAUGAGAGAUUGGAAGAGUUCUUUAUCAGUUAUUUUACUUAUGAAAUUAAUUUUUGUUUGUCAAAAGAGUAAUGUAAUUAAUGGUAUGUGCCACUAAAAUUCAUGUCAGUUGCCAUUUACAUGCAGCCUGAACUAAAGUUUGAACAAAAUCCCACCCCAAAACAUACCCCCAUUUUCAUCCCUCAGAUUUCAAAAUAAUGUUUAUGUGAAUUCAGGACAGAAAAGUAGUGAGAUCAUCAAAACACAAUCCAAUUAUUGCUUAUUCUUUGUGGCAGACAUUUAAAUUUUUUAGUGUUAGAAUAUUUAUAAAAUGUCCCUAUGCAAAAUUUGACCCCGCAAAAUAACAAAAAAACUUGAAAUUAUUUUGUUAAAUUAUUAUUACAUUAUUUUCAAAUACUUUUUUUAAGGUCUUAAACACAAUCCAAUAAUUGCUUAUUCUUUGUGGCAGAAAUUAUAAUUUUUAGUGUCAGAAUAUUAUAAAAUGUCCCUAUGCAAAACUUGAGCCCGCAAAAAAAAACAAAAAAAAUUGAAAUUAUUUUGUUAAAUUAUUAUUAAAUUAUUUUCAAAUACUUUUUUUUAAGGGUCUUAAAGAAAUAGAGCCCCUGUGAAAAUGUUUGUUUUUAAUAUAAUUGACAGUUUUAAUCAUUUUGAAAGUUUACAAAUUCAUUCGCACUGUUCAUUGGUUCUUGGAGGAAUACACUUUCACUUAGUUAUAAUUAUAUGUUAUGCAAAAUUAA